UCCAAAAGUCAUCAAGAUUGAGAAAGUCACCAAUCUUAUUCUGGAAAAGAAAUUUGAAGAAGCGAAGUCCAAAGCUUUUGGUGAUUAUAUCGCUCCAAAAUUCCACGGCACGUCAAACACUGCAUUGGGAAAAAUUAUCCGAAAGGGCUUCAAAAUACCAGAGGCCAAUCCCCGCCCUCCAAAAAAACCAGGCAUGUAUGGCCAAGGCAUCUACUUUGCUACGGACUCUUCGAAAAGCGCCCGAGAGAUUUACACCAAAGGUUCCCAAAAACUUUUGUUGUGUCAAGUUAUUCUUGGUAAGUCCAUGACUGUCGAGAAAGCGGAUAGCAGCUUAAAUAGGGAGAAACUUCGCUCUAAAAAAUUCGAUUCUGUGUAUGCCCCACGAGGUACAGAAGUGAUCAAUGAUGAGUUUGUCAUCUUUAAUCCAGACCAAGCGCUUCCUCAGUACAUCAUCCAUUUCUCCGACAGAAAAACACUGGUACCUCCCUCACCGUCCAUACAUACAAAAGAGGCUUGUAUCGUAAAGAAGAUGAAAGCAUCGAGAUCAGUGAACUUUCAAGAUCCUUUUGAAAUGUACUACAACUAUGCGGAAUCUCACUUCAGAAGAAUGGCAACUACGAGUUCCCUCCUACGCCAAGCUACUAUUUCAUCCAUUGAUAUCGUAAUCAACAAAGACCUCGAGGACAAGUUUGAAGCAACCAAGAAGUCGUUCAAAAGCCAAGGAAUUCCUGACACGGAAAUUCUUGCUUAUCACGGAACCGACAAGAAGAACAUCGAUAGUAUCCUCCAGAGCAACUUGCAGUUAAGUUACGCGAAAAGACAAGCUUAUGGCAAAGGUAACUACUUCUCAGAAUUCCCUGCUGUGAGUCUGGGUUAUGGCGAUGGUGGUCUUCUCUUGUGUCGCAUUCUUCCUGGAAAAGAAUUCGUCGACUCCACUGCCUGUGAUAUCCCACCAGACUACAAUUCCAAAAAAGUAAUCGGAGAUCAGUCUACACGAGUUAUGGGACCUGGGGCAGUCAGUAGGGCCAACGCAAGUGGUGAUAUGAUCAUUAUUGAAAAUUCUGAUCAGAUUUUGCCCUUCUUUGUUAUCCAUCGUUGAACUACUAUUAAACAUUUUAAUUAAAUAAAA